CACUCACGUAGUCACGUGACGAGCCUACUCUAGGGAAAGCUGCCGAUACUGCUCAACGUUGGAUGCAGAUGACUACAAGAUGACAAUGACCUGGGCCAUAUAGUCCGAUUGGGAUAUUCAUUUUAUUUACGGGCUGCUUCAGUUGGGCCUAGAUGUAAUCCUAAUUUUAUUCCACAACCGAACUUGGGCUUCUGGCCCGAAUGUUGCUAGAUGAUAGCCUAACAGGAUUUAGACCAAAUCGAGGGAACUGGCAGGCAGCCGUUGCGAUUGGUCCCAGUGCGUGUCGAAAUUUCCCGCUCCAUCCCAGAAAGACUAGCACUCCAAGUGUUCGACGUAAUGCCUGAACCAAAGUUCCCCUGGAAACUCAUCAUGCACAGAAGAACAUCGUCUCUCCGCUCGUAUUUGUGCGGCAAAACUGAUGAAUCCGCGCUUCGAUUUCAGAACUGGGGUUCAAUCUGGGUUUCGAAGAAGCAAAUCUCAAGCGGGGGAAGGAGGCCGAAGAAGAAGAUAUACGGACGAGACCACAACCUCGACAAGGUAAUGGACUUGCAGAAGAAACCGUCCCUGAUCCUGCACCUCAAAUCCAUCAUCGAAUCCCACCGGCACCGACGCAUUCUCCUGCGGGACCUCGAGAAGGAAGUUGGGUUCGUACAGAAAUGGAACUUCAUGGCUUUGAUCGAGAAGUAUCCUACCAUUUUCUACGUGGGCGGCGGUUCCGAUAGGACUCCGCCUUUCGUUACCCUGACCGAGAAAGCUGCAAAGAUUUCAAGCGAAGAGCCCGAAGCCAGGUUGUUGAUGGAGCCAAUUUUAGUUAGAAAUCUGAGGAAGCUGUUAAUGAUGUCGGCUGAUUGCAGGGUGCCAUUAGAAAAGGUGGAGCUCAUUGGAAAUGAAUUAGGUUUGCCUCUGGAUUUCAGGGAAUCGUUAGUUCCAAAAUACCGGGAGUUCUUUUCGGUUAAAGAUGUUAACGGGAAAGCUUGUCUUCAUUUGGAGCAUUGGGAUUCUUCCUUGGCAGUAACUGCCCGGGAGGAAAGAUUGGAACUUGAAGGAGUUCCAGCUUCUAACCCAUCUCGGAAACAGGUUAGAAUAUCCAGAGAUGGCAACUACUCAGGUCCAUUCGCUUUCCACAUGCAAUUCACUGCGGGUUUCAGGCCGAACAAUAGUUUCCUGGAAGAGCUUGAGAGAUGGCAGAGAUUGGAUUUCCCUUCACCAUAUUUGAAUCCCAGGACGUUUGAAGCCGCUGAUCCCAAGGCGAGGAAGCGUGUGGUGGCAGUGCUUCAUGAGCUGCUUAGCCUGACCAUGGAAAAGAGGAUGGCAUCUUCACAGUUGGAUGCAUUUCAUUCCGAGUAUCUAUUGCCAUCAAGGUUGCUGCUGUGUUUGAUCAAGCAUCACGGUAUCUUUUACAUCACGAAUAAAGGUGCAAGAAGCACUGUCUUCUUAAAGGAAGCUUAUGAUGGCACUAAGUUAAUUGCUAAGUGCCCAUUACUGUCGCACAUUGACAAGUUUGUAGCACUUAGUGGCCGUCGAGUGCUCGAUUCUUGUAAUCAGAUUGCUUCUUCACCAAUUUCCAGUCGUAAUUAUAGCUCGUCUUCUCAUCUACAUGUUUGAAAUGUAUGUGUCUUUGUACAAUAUUUUUCAAUGUCAAGCUCCUGCAGUGCUUUACUGCUUUUCCAGGGUAUUCAACAUGUGAAAUUAUGAGCAUUGUUGAUUACUUGAUUGAAUGGAUGAUGACAGGAAUAGCCGAUUAGGCUUGCUUUAUAUAUGCUUCCUGUUCUCUCUUCAGUUUUUGCAGUAGUGCUAGUCUGUAACCAAAAGCAUUCCACCAUAAUAAGUGGAGAAGAGGUUGAAAGGACUAAAGUUAGCACCGUGGAGUAAGGUUAGUUCACCUUCCUUUUGCCAUGUAAUAGUUGCUGCCUGCCAUCAUCAUAUUCAUGCUAGUGCUAGUGCUAUGUGGCGACAUUUUUGCUGCAUAUUAGUUACCUGUUCCUAGGUCGAAACUAGAAUUCCCAAUAGCCAAUAGACUUUUCCGUUUCUUAGAACUUCAACACUAGUAUGUGACCUAGUUUGUGGCAGGAAGUUAAGUCACAGUACUGGAAGGAAUACUAUCGUUUCAAUUUGAGUUAUGUGGGUCACUGUGGCAUCUCUCUUUUUUCUUCCUUGCCAAGCAGAGUAGAGAACCCUUUUAGAAACGGAACCAAACUCCACUAUACCUUGUUGCACUUUCCAAGCUGUAAAAUUCCGAACUUUCCCCCCUCAUAUCACCUCUUUCCCCCUGUACCAUUUACAAAGAGGAAAAGCUAUAUAUGGAGUGACUAGAAGUCAUUUCAACCUUCCAAAGUACUCCUCUUGCUGCUAGAUGUGUCUGUUCCUCUCUGGGCUGCUGUAAGAAUCAUUAGGUACCCUUUUUCAGAAAAAAAGCAUUCCAGGGAAUUUCCACUAGCGAGAGUUCAUAUCCUUCCAGAACUGGAACCGCGACAAAGGCACAAAGCUGGUGUGAAACAGAGCAUAUCUUAAUCCUGUUAUUAUGCCUAACCAGCAUCUUUGAAUUUGAUGCACCAGAAUUUGGCUUCAACUAUUGUUGUCAGACUCUACUUUUCUCGGUUAGAUCCAAUGGUUAAAACAGUCGAAUCAUCAUCUGUCGACACCAGUAAAAACCCGAUUAGGCUUCUGGAUUGUGGUUGGACUAGUUCCCCACCAACCAGAUCGAGCCGGGUUUGACAACACUGUUAUCCACCACUUUGCAAUCUCAAUCAGUUCCUUUCAGCAUCAAAUCGUCCCCCACAGUCUUCCUGAUCUUCUUUCAUCCUUCAAUAUUUUAUGUAGGUCUAUGCAUUAUUCGAUUCUGCGAGGCUGAAGGUGACACCUUUGGCCUAAUUUUGACACUGUGAUUUCCAUUGUUGAAAGUUCUGCUCUCUCUCCGCCUUCCACUUCUAGAGGACCACUGAGAAAUUCAGCAGCUGCAGGCCCACCAAAAGUGAAUAAAAGGGAAACGCCAAACCUUUACCCAUAAUCUUUGGCCCAUUCUUUACUUCUCAGUUGCGUCGAGCCCUCUUUAUAUCUAUGGAGAAGAAUCAAUACGUGAAUUGAAUUUCUUUUUGAGCAUCGUGAAGAUUACUAAAGGGGAAUUAAUUACUAAUUAGUAUAUUUCUCUUGAUAUAUUAUAUAUAGAAUACUAGAAAAACACCUGCGCUACGCUGCGGAUGAUGAACGACAUGGUGAAAUUUGCAUUUGUUGUUUAAUUUUGUAUUUACAUUAUCAAAUAUUAAAUUUUCUCUUGACGUUCAAUCAUUAUUCAUAAUUAGAAAAAAAGGAAAAAAAUGGUAAUUAGACUAUAUAAAAAAGAUGGUAGCAAUGGGUUUCCGGUUUCCCAUGCCCACGGUUUCCUUAAAUAAUUAACCCAACCCUAAUCGGUCUUCGGAAUGUGUCACGGGUUGGUCCAUAUAGGAUCACAUUGGACCACACCGACUCUUGGACCGGAUCACAUCGAAUCGAAUAUAUUGUGAUACGAUCCUCAGUCUUAUAAAUUUUAUAAAUACCG